AUGUUUCACCACAAGAUCCUUCACAUCAACUAUACAACAUACAACCUACGCCAUGAUCAAGACUCACUAAAUCCUCGUACUAAUGCUGAUGUUAUGCUCCUUGCACACAAGGAUGACAACAGUAAUAGCCACUUUUACUGGUAUGCUCAUAUCAUCGGCAUAUUUCAUGCACUCAUUAUUCACACUGACUUUUUCUGGAUCUGGUGGUUUGAUCAAAAUCCUGGAACUGAACGGCAUCCCUACACUGCUGGCUGGAAGGCCAAGAGACUCAAACAACUGGGGUUCAUCUCAAGUGAUGAUUCUAGGGCUCUUGGUUUCCUGGAUGCACAGCAAGUCAUUCACAAGGUUCAUCUCAUUCCUGCCCUUGCAUAUGAAGUACAAGCAUUAGCAGAAGCCAAAAGAGCACAAGCCGCCCAAGAAGAAGCUAAGCACACACAACACAAAGCCAAAGCCAAGAAGGAACAUCUAGAAGCAGAGAAGAAGAAGAAGCAAAAGAUGAACAGAAUUGAUGAAGCAUCAUCCAUAGGAGAUUUCUUAAACCCUCAUCCUGCGCAAUAUGCAAUACAAAAACUCACUAAUUUUGAAUAUGUAGGACUAUGGUACUUCUCCCCGAUAGUUGCAAGGAUGCUCUUAGAUCCUCACGCUCCAUAG